UUUACAUUUAUCAUACUAUUUAAUCACAAAACAGCAUUUUAUUAGCCACUAACAAUUUUUGUCAGAUAACAUUUUGUUUCUAAAGAAAAAUACAUAUUCUAUAGGUAAAAAAGAAGAAGAAAAAAGCAACAUUAUUUCCCCAUUUGUUUUAUAGACAAUAUCAGUAUUCUUUUAAUAAGUACCUGCUGUAUAGUUCUAAUGGAUUUAGUAUUGUGUUGUGAUUGGUGAAUUUGAAAAUGUGAAUCUUUUGGAGAAAAAAAUCCUAGUUUUCCUGCAAGAUGUGACAUAGCCGAGCAGUGCGAGUUAACAGUUGUUGUGUAGUGGGUGUGAUGAGCAGUUCUCACAUAUGGAUUACCAAAGCUUCAUGUAUGGGGAGUAGUAUCGUACUAGUGUGGAGAUGUGUACGCAUUGUCCAGUAUAUGGUCCAUGGCAAUGUAACGGGUGCAACGUGCAUGGUACGAAAUCUAGGCUGAUCCAUGGGAAAUUUCAUGCGAAAGAUUUGCGAAGCCAAUGGACACAUUCAAGCCGAUUUCCGUGAUCGCAUACAACCGGAGUUCCUGCAGGCCAGCACGAGUAAGCGUCGACCAACCUUGCUUCCUGAGUACCAUGGGCAGUCAGGGGCGGUGGACCGAGAAAGGGGAUCCGACCACUACCCCCACUACUCACAAGAAGGGCUGACUAUGAUCGCGGGAGCAGGAGGGCUGGCUUCUAGCCAGGCUGGGGACCAUGUAGUUCCCCCGGGGCCAAAACGACCCCGCCUGUCUGCAGAAAGACCAGAACUCAUUCAGCCCCUACAUAUUGACAUCCGCGAUGGAGAGGUGAAGCGUGAGCCCACCUACAACCCCCAGGUGGAGGCGAUCUCCCCCACGCUCCCACCCGAGGACAACCCUAGCAAGACAUUCAAGGAUGAGCAGGUGGCCGCCAUUACCCGGGUGGAGCGCGAGAUCUCGCAGGUGGAACAACAGAUCAAAAACCUGAAAAAGAAACAGCAACAGCUGGAGGACCAGCAGUUGAAGCCCCAGGAACAGAAGCAGGACGCAACCGAGAUGAACAACUCCGACCCCAAACCUCAGAGCAUCGCACAGGUCAUCUACGCAGAAAACAGAAGAAAAGCUGCCGAGGCUCACAAGAUGCUUGACACUUUAGGACCCAAGGUGGAUAUGCCCUUAUACCAUCAGCCAUCUGACGCACCGAUUUACCAUGAAAACAAGCGCAAAUUUGCUGUUUUUCAAAAGAGGCUAAUCCUGCAUUUGAAAAAGCGUCAUCAAGCUAGAAAAAUUAGAGAGCGGUACCUCACAGAAAGAUAUGAUCAACUUAUGCAAAGGUGGCUGAAAAAAAUGGAACGCACAGAAAACAAUGCCAAAAGAAAAGCAAAAGAUGCAAGAGUACGAGAAUUUUAUGAGAAAAUAUUUCCCGAGAUCAAGAAGACGAGAGAAGACAAAGAACGAUUCGCUAGUAGGGUCGGUGCUAGAAGUGGUAUUGGUGGCUACGUCCGCAGUGAUGCCGAACUAGAGCAAAUCAUGGAUGGCCUACACGAGCAGGAGGAAGAGGAUAAGAAGAUGCGUAGCUACGCAGUGAUUCCGCCGAUGAUGCUGGACGCCCGGCAGCGGAAGAUGCGCUUCCUGAACAACAACGGGCUGAUCGAGGACCCGAUGGAGCAGUACAAGGAGGUGCAGCAGGUCGUGCGCUGGACCGACCAGGAGAAGCAGAUCUUCAAGGAGAAACACCUCCAGCACCCCAAGAACUUCGUACUCAUCGCCCAGUACCUCCCCAGAAAGUCUGUACCUGAUUGUGUUCAGUUUUACUACCUCAACAAGAAAAGUGAAAACUACAAGCAGCUGCUCCGAAAACAAAGCAUGAAGCGAAAACGAACACUGCAGAAAUCACAGGCCCAGCCUCCACCUCCUCCCCAGCCGACUAUCCCCAUCAAGGAGGAGCCGGUCGCAUUGCCAGGCUCGGACAAGGACGAUAUCAGUAGCACCAUAAUGAAAUCGGAGGAAGACCGAGAGCCCACCGCGAUGGCUGAUGAUGCGUCAUCCGAUGACGAUACGCCUGCACCUACUACUACUGGUGAAGAUGGUGGUGUUCACCAAUGUGCUGUGUGUAAAACACAGCUGGAGAACUAUGGGAUGAGUCGACCUUUGACCCAGACGAACUGUGAACUGUACAGCAUGAGUGAGGGAGACCUGCGCCCCGACAUGAGGGUCUGCUCCAGCUGUCGAUGUCGGUCUGUACGGAGACGAUACACGUCAUGUCCUGUUCCAUCAUGCAAGACGCCAAAGAGAAAAGUCAAGCGAUUGAGACCAUUUCCUGCCAAAUGGUCUGAACUGACACAACAAGUGAAAGAACCAAUCAUGAAGGAAUUACAACUGACGGAGGAUGUUAACAGAUGUUGUUCGGCUUGUUUCAACCGCAUUGCCAGGAAGCUGGGCAACCACCCACAGACUAACGAGCCUCUUGUGGCCCUCGUACCCGAAAACACAGAUGAAGUUGUAGAAACAUCCCGGUGGACGGAAGAAGAAAUGGACAUUGCUAAACAAGGUCUGCGUGACCAUGGACGUGACUGGGCCGCUAUAGCGGGUGUAGUGGGUACAAAGACAGAAGCUCAAUGUAAAAACUUCUACUUCAACUACAAGAAAAAGUUUAACCUGGAAGCCAUUCUCGAAGAACACAAGACUAAGACUGACAGACGGACGGUGUCGGUGUCUGAAAGUAUGACGUCGACGGUGACGGCUAUGUCAGAGGAGGACCGCUCGUCGAGUGAUGAGGACCGCGUGGAGGAUGAUGAUGAUUCCGACACCGCCAGCGCCCCCAGCCCCAGACCGCUACAGAUCGAAGAAGGUAAUGAUGCAGAAAGUAAACCAGCAGUUGUGCCAGCAUCUGAGGACACGGAUAUGGAACCUCCAGGCCCUAUGAUAGGCCUGUCAUCUGGUAGCCUGGCCAAGGACAAGCCCCUCAGUGCCUCAAACGGCAGCCUUCGCAGCAUACCAGACAACGACAGCAGUGCCACGAUGAGUGCAGACGAGGGGCCGAUGCCUGCGCCGAGUGGUGUGACCAUAUCCCAGCCACAUACAGACGCCAGCUCAACCCUGGCACCGCCCAGUGUCCAGGCUGGCACUCCCCAGCAGAGUGAAAUAUUCGACCAGAAGAUGGCGAGUCCCCAUCCUCACUCUACCCCGGGAACGCCCGCCAGUCUGCCCCCUGGUGGAUCGCCGUACAGUCGUCAGAGCCCCAGUCUGAGCUCGGGCAAGGGUCAGAGUCCAGGAGCAGUGUCCGGGAUCCACCCUCCCGGUCGUGAAAUGAGGGAGAUGAUUCCCGGGGGAGGUGUCAAGUCCAUGUCUGCAUUCAUCCCGUCUUCCCGCCCGCCCAGCAGUAGCUCGGACGGAGGACAAGGCAUGAUGCAUCCACAGCAGAUGUUUGUCCAGGGAGACCUGAAGCAGCUCGGAAAACAUCAGUGUAUGAAGGACCUGAUUGAUUCGACUAUCGAGAAAAAUCUGGAGAUAGAUAGGAGCCGACCAUCAUCAACAGAGAAUAUGUCCACACAGCAAUCAGCAGCAGGACUUGCCUCUAACCAGGCCAUUCCACAGGAUCUGAGGAAAGAAAAACGAGAAGCACUGCAUCAACCAAUGGCUGGUAGCCCCAGGAACAUGCCCCCUUACGUCCUGGGAAGUGACCCGAGGGAUGUUCAAGACCUGUCUCGCCGGCCCCUGGAGUUUGUCGACAAGGGCGCUCACGGUUACAAAGGAGACCCCCACGACUUCACUCCACACUCGAACAUGUACAGACACGACCGCGUUCAGACGGGGCCCACACUGGUCCCACCCCCAGCUCACACUCACCACACCCCCGUCCACCAACCUGAUGGAGUUCUGCCCCUCAAAACGACCACACCUCCAGAGGGUCAGGACAAAUCCUUGCUGUACCCACCGGAUCACGCACGCUCCUUGUCACCGGCAGUCCGAGGAGGCCAACAUGGCUGCAGUUCGCCAUAUUCAGCUGGAGUUCAUCUGGUGUCUGUGGAGCAGACGUCGCCUUCCCCUGUGUCUCGGACUCCCAUCCCACCACCCCCUCCUCUGAUCAACAGCUCCAAGACUCCACCAAAGCUAGCCAGGUCCUCCCCUACAGCUCACCACCGCCUGCCUACGGGGUCCAUCACACAUGGGACACCAGUUAGUCAUCAUUCGGGUGUCACUCCCAUGGGGAACACCAUCACCAGUGCCUCAGGCCAGAGACGGAUGGAAACCGUUUCACGACAGUCAACCCCACCGUCUGCAGCCCAGAGAAUGGAAGGAUCCAUCACUAAGGGGACACCGAUGAACAGAGAAGGUGGAAUGGGUCGGGGUAAUCCAAUGCUCACGGGAAUGAUGGUGGAUCCUGCGGCAAUGGGGAGAGGUCAUCAGGUGACCUAUGAACAAGGAUUCAGAGGGGGUGUGCCACCUGGCAAUUAUGAAAGAAGUGUGGAGAUGCAGAAGACCCCACAAGGAGCUUACUACUCGAAUGUGCAGUUCCCAUAUCAGGAGCAGCCUAUUCCUUACAGUUCUAGAGCGACCAUAACUAAUGACUUCUUCACUGCCAAGCAGAUGCCAAGGAAGUCGCCCGUUUCCCAAGAAAAAGAAGGUCGUCUGUCACCAAGAGGCAGAGAAGGCCCACAGCGAGGAGGCUACCCAGGAGGCAUGGAUCCCAGAAUGCCUCAUCCACAAAUGGUGCAGGCUUACAAUGCUCCACAAGGAAUGGUCUAUAUGCCACCACCAUCUGCAGCUGACCGAGGCAAGAGCUCGCCUAUGCCCCGAGGAACCCCAUCUCCGAGGGACGAAAAGGGACACUGGCAGAUGGGUCACCCAGCUCAUCAACCUAGCAGCACUCCCAGUAGUAUUCCUGUGGACCAUCACCCACCACCACGACCUAGUAUUGUCAUGGGGACAGGGAAACCCAGCCAGAUGGGUGAGCCAAUGAUCUCAGUUAAAGUUGAUCCACAGAUGCCAGACAGCACCAGUGUUCAGCAUCAGACUAUCCCAUCGCGUCACCCUGACCACAACACUCUGAUUGUACACCAGGAUCCAAGCCGACGUCUAUCUCCCAACCAGAUGAGACGAGCCUACAGACAGGAUCACGGUGAUGCCGGCAGCGAGAGGGAGAGAAUGCAGCAGAUGCAAGCAGGCUGGGGUCAACCUAUGCCAAGCCACCACAAGGACCCGUCACAAGCUGGCAGGCAGUAUGACAUGCACUCUGCAGCUAUAGCCGAACAUAACCGCCGCAGUGAACGUGACCGAAUGGCUGCUGCACCCAAGAGUUCGAUGUAUCAGGGUAAAGAUGGUAGGAUUUUACGAGAGAUGUACAGUGGUCCUAAACCAGGUGACCGUAAUACUAGAGGUUCUGAAAUGCCAUCGUCAUCAGAUAUCUCCCCACGUCAUAUCACUGAUCCAGCAUACGUACGGCAGAAGAUUGGAGAAAAUCCAAACUCAUCUGUUAUUAUGUCUGGCGCCUUCCAGAAAGAUCCAUCCAGUGCUUCUGGCAACCAACAUGUGCCUCGCAGUUUAACAGCGGCAACCUUGAUUGAUGCUAUUAUCACCCACGAGAUCAACCAGGCAAAUCCUGAUGACAAGAAAAGUGAAAAAAGGUCUGGCUCCAAUUCUCAGUCGCCUUUAAGCCGUGAAUUUCAAAAAGCCUUGUCAGAAUCUCCUGGCGAAGGGAGAUCCACAACUCCAAUAGGCUCGGGUGGCAAGUUGAACAAGGUUCGUAACUACUAUGGUGAUGGCAGUGUUCCCAGGCAUGAGAUGGAGAUGGACAGAAACCCAGGCAUUCCUAGCUCCAUGCCCAGCGUGACAUCACAAGACCAGACCCAGCCAUCUGUGGUUCACAGCAACAUGCAUCCACAGAUGAUGCACCCGAAUCAAGGAAUGAUGACCAUGCAUGGACAAUUUCAGAAUCAGAUGUCUCCUCACAACCAAGGCUAUUCGGGUUCUGCGUCUCACCCACAAUCGGCUAUUCAUGGUCAGCGCAGUCCUCAAGGCAUGGGAGACCCUAACAAUCACAGCCACAGCCACAUGUACUCUGGUAACCAAGGACAGAUGCCGACUCACGGACAGAUGUAUCACGGCAGUAUAUCUCAAGGACAGAGUCGUGCUGGCAACAACCAAGUGCAGAAUCGACCUGGUGGUCAAGAUCCCAGUCAGUCUGGCAAUCAGGUCCCCACAAGUGCUCCCAGUAAAGAAGGAGGCAUCACGCUAGGAGAACAGAUUAACGCAAUCAUCAUCAGUGACUACCACAGCAAGAAGAAGGCCAACAUGCUGAUGGGGUCGGAACCGUUCCAGGGGGGCUCCUUGCUGAGUCAGAUCAACAUCACUUCAGGACCAUCAUCUCCUCCUACUUCCUCCUCAUCUGUCUCGGAGAGCCAGCGCCCCCUUGUGUUGAGUAUGACACCACCUGUCACUCAGACCUCCCCCAUGGAUAUAGUGGGAUCUUCCUCGGAUGGUCCAAGGCCGCGGAGCUGUUCGGCCAAUGUGUAUGAUAUGUACCAGUGGAAGAAGCGUGCUCAGCACCAGCGUGAGCUGACAGAUCAGCAGGUAUCUGGGUCUGGUGGUCCGGAAGGCAUCAUGCGUCCUCACUCGCGAGCCGAGGCUGGUCGGUCGGCCGAAGCUCUGCACGUCUCGGACUCGCGUGGUCAGCCCUACUCCGACGACACCCACUCCCCGCAGCAAGUCACGCCCCACCUGGGUGAUGUCAUCGAGCCCAUUUCACCUCCAGCACUUCCAGAGUUCAGAGAAACAAUACCAGGCAAGACCACCUCACCCCGUUCACCCCACUCGCCCCGACCCCAUGGACCCCAGUCUCAGCUCCUAUCAACCACAGGCUUGGUAGUACACCACACAUCCUCCCAGCAUUUGUCUCCAUCGCAAGGCCAAGUGGAUAGUACUGGCAUGAUUCCACCCUCAGCUGAUGGUUCCAGCAUGAAGUCAUCCCUGCAACAUUCAAAUAUACAUGAAUACAUGAAAAGUAAAAUAGAGACUGGCUUAAGAGAGGAACCCAGUAACAGUCCGUCAGAAUUGGCCAAAAAGGCCCAGCCAGACUCAUUAAGUUCCACUCACCCAACACAGCUUCUGGACAUGAGGCAUCCAGCAGCACUGCAGUGUCCAGCGGAGUCCUCUCAGACACGACACGCCACACCACCACUGGCAAAGAAACACGAUGAUGGGCAGCUUCAGUCACUAGAUGGUGAGUCUCAGUCAUUGGAGAUGAGGCAUCACUUGUUUGAAGGGCCGAAAACGGAGGAGCAGGUUGAUAGCAAACAAAGUGAAGCCGAUUCCCAGCCAUCUCAGAGUGAAGGUGGAUCUCAAGAAGUUCCUAAGGAAAUGCCUGAAGAUCAGUCACAGAAGGGAAGUCAGCAAGGUUCCAAGUCCAAACUGUCUGCGGCUGAAUCCUCGGACUGCAGUCAAUCUUUGGCAGCUUUAUCACAGAAUCAGCAGGCAGCCGGGAAGAAACGUUCCAACAGUCGGCAGGCAGGAAAGAUAGGAGGAAGCCAGUCAAGAUCAACGGGGGAAAUGAAGAAGUCAUCGGGUAAAAAGUGUUUAAAAUCAGAAUAUGAUUUUCCAGACAGUCCAGACGACGAAGGUCUAGGAAAAACACCGAGCAGCUACAUGGCUCUUUCUGGCACUGUGCGCAGUCCUCGACGAGGCCAUGUGGACAGCUCAGACAGCCGGCCAGCAUCAUCUUCAGAGGCAGCUAACAAAGCAGCAGAUACUCUAGGCGACAGUGGCUCACAGGACACUGACAGUGUUAGCUCGCAGUCGAAAGACCAGAGCAAAGCUGAAUCAUUUGACGUUGCAGAAAGUUCUCAAUCUGUGGACCAUGGAUCUCAAAGCUCUGGGAAGUCGAGGUUUGGGAAUCGUGGUGAUAACAAUAAAGAGGUGGAUAACCCCUCAAACAUUUCGCAUCCUGGCGUGGACAGCACGCACUCUGAACCUGUUGUAGUUUGUGAGACCGAGAGGAUCGACAGCUCAACAGAUGUCAUCUCAGGUGGUGUUCCAGCAACUGAAUUGGCAAGGUUGUCAAAACCGUCAUCGCCCAGAGUUCACAGCAGCAGUCCUCAUGGUGAGGCUGAUGUGUCGUACGAGGCAGCAGACAAUACCUCACAGAGCCAGGCCGACAACGCAGGCUCGGGUUCCUUCACUCAAAGAUCUCGCAGUCCGCGCUCUGCUGACUACAGCCGGCCACACACGAACCUGGAGGCUCCCAAGAGCUCCAGCUACACCUUCCCAACGUCUCAGCCAGUUGUGUCGAGCAUGAUGCAGGAGUCGGUCCAUUCGGUGAUAUCACGCGAUCAGGAGUCCGCACCAUGUUUGUCAUCACAGUAUGAGAUGCUGUCAGAUGAUGAAGAUUGAGUCAGCCCGGUGUGCUAGAUAAACUCUAGUGAACUCAUAUAUAAUACUCCUCACCAAACUGCUUAAUUCAUCACAGAAUGUAAUGUUUUCAGUUGAUGAAGAUGACUGAUAAAACAUACGUACACUUCACCAGACAAACUGCAUAAUUCAUCACAUGAUGAAAUGUUUUCUGUUGAUGAAGAUUGAGUUAGACAAGUAUACUAGAUAAACUCUGAUGAAACAUACAUACACUUCACCAGGCAAAUUGCUUAAUUCAUCACAGAAUAAAAUGCAUUCAGUUGAUGAAGAAUAAGUUAGAAAAAUACACCAGACAAAACUCUGGUAAAAUGUAUAUGCACUUCACCAGAAGAACUGCUUAACUCUAACUACAUAUUGGUGGCACAAACGAGGGGUUAUUGUGAGCAUGAGGUAACUGACCUCAAGUUCCGUUUAAAGUAGGUUCAGUGCCACACUAACGUGGAGCUGGCCAUCAAUUUUCAAAAAACUGUUAAAGAGGCUGAGACUUUAAUGUCAUGGCAACACCAUACAAAUUGUAUGUGUAUGAUGUCAUAAGAGAUUUGAGUCUAGUCUAGUUUCAUAAGCGUGGAUCCUAUUUUUUUCCAGUUUAGUGUUUUUGUUAAUAUAUGGAGGGGAAAAAGUAUUGCACUCUUGUUGAAAAAGAUCCUUGUGCCACCAAAGACCAGAUUCCACUUGUAGUAUGUAUUUAGCUCGACACCAACUAGAUACAACUUGAAGAUUGACACUGACUAGACAAUACUUUGAGUACAUGUAGGUAUUAAGUUUGACACUGAGAUACAGCUUGAAGCAGAUAUUAAGCUUGACACUCAACAAAUACAUCUUGGAAUAGGUAUUAGGCUUGACAUUGGAGGAAAAUCUUUAAGUAGAUACCGACUAAAUACAACUUGAUUCGGUAUUAGGCUUGAUGUUUACAAGAUAAAACUUGAAGACGGUACAAAGCUUGACACUGACAAAAUACAACUGAAGUAGGUAUUAAGCUUGACAUUUACAACAUACAACUUGAACUAUCUAUUAAGCUUGAUGCUGAAAAAUAUAACUUGAAAUAGGUAUUAAUCUUAAUACUGUGAAAUGGUUAUUAAGCUUGACACUGACAUGAUGUAACUUGAAGUAGGUAUUGAGCUUGACGCUGACAAGAUGUAGCUUGAAGUAGGUAUUGAGCUUGACACUGACAAGAUGUAACUUGAAGUAGGUAUUGAGCUUGACACUGACAAGAUACAACUUUGAGUAGGUAUUAAGUUUGACACAGACAAGAUCAACUUUGAGAUGGAUAUAUUUGACAAGGUUGUGGACUUCGUUAUAGAUGUUUGUACAACCAAGAUAUUUGAGAAUUGUUUACUUCACUACAUAUUUGGACCGGUUUUCUUAUAAAGAUAGCAGUGUCAUUAUUAGAAUCAUUUUUCUGAACCAGUUUUUAUAUUUUAGUUAUAUUUGAUUUGAAUGUACUAAGUUUGUUUAUGUAUGUUAGUACUUUGUAUGUACUAGUGAUUACAUACGGUUGAUGCUAUUUGCAUCUAAUUGAGUGCCACAUACAUCUUGUUGCGUACAAACCUAGAAAAACAAUUUAAAUAAUUCUUCAGUCAGGUGGCCCAUAAUGGCUGGAUUUUUAUUUUGCUACUAACAGUUACUUUUUCUUGCAUUGAAUUUAUUUGUUUGUGCUUUCAAUUUAAGCACUGAGGUGGGUUGAAUUUUUUUAAAUAAUAUUUCAACAUAAUUCACCCUUUUUAAGAUUGUAUCCAUUGCAAAAUAACGUUCUUGGUUGAUUAUUUUAAUGCUUUUAAUACUGCAUGUGAUGACUUGUUUUUCAGACAAAUCCACUGAAAAAGGUGUUCAUUAAGGUCGACGAGUCAUUCUCCGAACUCUUGUUUUGGCUUCGUACACAAUAAAUAUAACAUAUCCACUGGUAAUUUUUUGAUAUGAUAUAUUUGACAAAAGGUACUUUUUAUUUCUUUCAUCUUUUAAAAUUUAAACUUAAUAUUUUGUCCAGAAUUAUCAAAAAUAAAAACAUAUCAACCUGUAAACAGCGUUGUCUGCUCGUUAUAGAAUUGUGACAGGUGUCAAGGUUAGUAGACCAGUUUUUAUUUUAAUGUGGCAAAGCACUGUAAUAAUGCAGCUAAUUUUGAAUUUGAAUGAUGCCAGUAUUCCAAUAAAUUGGGUACAUGAAGUUUGUGUUUUCAGAACGCUGGGAAAAUGCCAACACAAAAUUGCUAUUAAAAUGUUAUUGUUUGAACAUUACUAAUGUGGCUGGAUGUGUUUAAAGAAAAUCUUGUAAUAAUUGUUUUUUUACCAUUUACAAAAAUUGGAUAUUAAGUGAAAUUACGGUGAGAUAUGUUAUAUUUAUUGUGUAUGAAGCCAAAACAAGGGUGCGAAAAGUGACUGUCGUCGACCUUGGCUGGGAUGCAGGUGACGGUUUUUGCUGAUCCUGCAGCCUUUACCACCACUUUACUUUCAUGCUUAUACCUCAUUGUGCUCAAUAGAUAUAGCUUAUUCCUUUUCCCAAACAACGUCCUACUUCGAGAGAUUAGGAGUAAGCUGUUAUAGCACAUGGCCUAUCUUUGUGAUAGAAAAUUGUGUCAGGUCACACUGUCUUCCUGUCAUUGACCGACUACUGCUGAUCAGACCACACAUCACUACUCAGCCAGUCUUGGUUCAUAUGUAAACACUGGUCAAAGUAAACAUUGCUCGAAGUCGGCUAAUGAUGACCAAGGAACAUUUUUCAUGUUGUAAGUUGUCUCAUCUGUUGGUGCAUUACGAUAAUAAAAUAAUAACAUUAAAAACAUUAAA